AUGCCGAAAGAUCUCGAGAAAGUUUUCAGAAAACCUGACGAUUGCAGUUUUUGUCGUGGAAUUAAAUCAGGACAAAGAAUUUCCAACAUAAACCCCGAUGAAUUUGAAGAAAAGUUUGCUUACAGUGGACAUGUCGUGAUUGUUACAGACGCAAUGACAAAUUGGUCAGCACCACAAGUUUUUGACUUCAACUUCUUCAAGAAUUUAUACGAAAAGGAAGAUCCAAAUCAUGACACAAUUGAAUGUCAAUUCUUCCGAUACAAAACCAAGUUUAAGAACAUUUUUGAAGCAUUCAAGAUGGAUGACGAUCGGGUGAAAUAUAAACCAGGAACUGAACCUUGGUACUUUGGUUGGAGUAAUUGCAAUGAACACAUCGCUUCGAAGUUAAGAAAGCAUUACGAUCGACCAUACUUUCUUCCAAAAACUUCUGAACUGAAUGCAAUUGAUUGGAUUUUCAUGGGAGGUCGUGGACUUGGUGCGCACAUGCAUCUCGACAAUGUCAGACUUCCAUCAUGGCAAGCACAACUUAAAGGAAAGAAGGAAUGGCUUUUGGCACCACCACCCGAAUGCAUUUUUUAUUGCAACUUCUUUUCAGUGAUUGUCAAUCCAGGAGAAAUU